AGUGUGAUUGUUAGUUAUAUUGUUACAAAAUUUACUUCAAAACAAAGUUUCCGCUUUUGUUUGCUUUUAGUGUGCAAGUUUUUACCAAGUUAUUUUAUAGUUAUUCAAAGGCUCAUUAAAUACACAAUGAAGACUGUGUUAUUGGUGCUAGUAUUUGCGUUUGUUAGCCGCGUACAGAGUUUUGAUUCAAGAAAUGUGGUUUACAUCAUAAUAAGCCAAAAGGAGCCUUACCUGGCGAGCGUGGCCUCUCGCUUAAAGCAAGAAAUCGAGAGCCAAGUAUUUCGAAUCGAAAGGCGGAACCCCAUAGUUCACCUAACCCACGAGGAUUUCCCCGUCCCGGGGGCCUGGAGCAUCAUCCCACUGCUUAAACCCCUGGUCACCAAGUACCGAGGCGGUGAUGUCAGAUGGGUCAUGUUUCUAGAGGAGCAUACCGCCGUGCGAUGCGAGAAGCUGUUGGAAGCUUUGGCGGCUGCUGACAGACAGAAGGACACCAAGUGGAUCGGCUAUCCCCUCAGCGACGAUGAGCCAACCAUCAUCCACCACUUCGCCAUGUACGAGGAGUUGGAAGAGGAGGGGGGAUUCGUGUAUCCUAACUUCGCCAGUGGGUUCGCUAUGAGAAUGGAAUUGAUUGAGAGCCUCCUAAACCAAAUAGAAAGCGGCCAGCACAAGCUAGAAGCCGACUUCUCCAUCGACCCCGGCUUCGAGCUAGCCCAACUAGUGUACGGGGAUAGACAUAACCCUGGCCCCUUAUUAACGGCCGAUCUCUCCUUCUGCAUAGUGUCCGGAGAAAACUGCGCUACUUACCCAAGGCAGUUUGAGACGUGCGGCAGCCCCAUACCCGAGGAGUCGAUCUUCUUCGCGGUCAAGACCUGGAGCGGGUUCCAUUCGUCCCGAGCGAAGGUCGUCAAGCGUACAUGGGGGAGGCACGUCACCAAUCUGAUGUUCUUCAGCGACCAAGCUGACCCAUCACUGCCAGCGGUUGACACAGGCGUUCCAAACACGAAAACAGGCCACUGCGCAAAAACGGUCGCCAUCUUGAAGGAGGCUGUGAGCCGCGUGCGCAAUAUGCCGCACGUCAAAUGGAUAUUCCUCGCUGACGAUGACACCAUUUUGGGUGUGCAGAGAUUGUGCGAGAUAUUGAGCUGCUACCGCGGCGGCACCGACAUUACUGUCAUAGGUGAACGAUACGGCUACGGCUAUGUCAACAGGGAAACUGCUGCCAAAGGCUACGACUACAUAACCGGCGGCGGCGGCACGGCGUUCAGCGUCGCAGCCGCGUCGCUACUAUCGCGCUGUGUGUGCACAGCCUUAACGUCACCCGACGACAUGACGCUCGGCGCAUGCGCGAAGGAGCGCGCCGUCCCGCUCACUCACUAUCCGCUGUUUCAUCAGGCACGCCCUCAAGACUACCCCCGCGAAGUAUUAAGCUGCGACCGUCCACUCUCAUUCCACCGCCACUCCUCACCAGAACCCUACAAGGUCUACGCGACCUGGUUCCAGCAUGACGAUCUAGCCUUGAAGCAUCGAUACUCUAAAGACGAGUUAUAAGUUGAAUCUUUGUUCUUCUUAGCAAUCUGCAAAUAACUAUUGCCAAUAGGGAAUAUUACGCGAAACUCUGCGUAGGGGGGCGCCACUAGCACUAUCCAUCACAAUCUGGGGGUCUACCGCGAAACAAGAAAAUCUAAAUUUCGUUAUCUAAGCUCUCUAUCACUCUUGCAUAUUCGAGCGAUAAAGAGGCAGAUAACUAAAUUUAGAUAUUCGCGUUUCCCGGUAGGCGCUUGUUAACAAACCGCUUGAUGCAUCAAUGUCAUAUUAUAUUGUCUGUGAAAACUGAAAUUUUAGUAUCUAGGAUACAAAAACACAUCUUAGGAAUCUUAGGAUCAAUAAAUGCCCAGUUUGUAAAGAAAAGGCCAAGUAUAGAACAAAUAAUGUCUCUCUAUGAAAAAGUUACUAUUAUGUAUAAGUAAUACAUUAAUUAUUCAUGUUGUGUAUUCGCUUUUUAUUGCAUUUAUAUACACCAGUUGAGUUAGAAUUAUUUUAAAUUUUAUUAAGUAGUAAGUUUAUGUUAAAGUUAAUUAGUUAACCUUUCUGAGUAGGUACUUACGAUCAAAAUGUGUAAGACUGCAUGUUUUAGACAAUUGUAUUUAUAAUUGUAUAAUGUUAUUAUUGUAAAAUUAAAGAAAGUAUACUAACAAUAGAUGCUUUAUGUGAUGUUAGCAAUUUGUAUUAUUAUUGUAAGGUAAAUGCCAUUAUUAUUUCUAGAUUUUCGGUACGAAUACCAAUUAUAUUUUUAUGUUAUAGGAUUGACAGUUUAUUAAACAUUUUUUUUUAAUUUUGAUGCGUUAUAAUUAAGUAUUGUUUAACAAAUGGUCACCUUAUUAUGUUGCUUUUAAACAUGUACUUAAUGAAAUAUCAGCUGUCAUACGAAUUAAGCUAAAAUUUUCUGUCAAGAUUAAAAAUAUGUAAACUAUGUCACAACAUUCAUGUCACAAAUUAAGCAUAUUCCAUAUGGAUGGAACCUACAAUUUAAUUGUAUAAGAGAAUUUUUGAACAGUUAUAAUUUUAAAUAAUCAGUUGAUUCAUGAGAACUUGGCCAUGACACUACCUCGAUAUAUUGAUUUUAAUGCUUAUUUCUUAUGUCGCUAAUAAUAUCAGUAAUGUAUAUCACUAAUACGCGUAUUAAAUUUUAUAAAUAUUUUUAUA